CGCAUAGGAUCGUUCUGUGACCAUCAUGUCUUGGUUUGCUGACCUUGCAGGAAAGGCAGAAGAUCUCUUAAACCGUGUCGACCAAGGGGCCGCAACAGCUCUGAGUAGGAAAGAGAACACUGGCAGCAUCAAAUACAACAAAAAUACGGACUGCCCUGAACUUGAGCAGAGUACAGAUCUCACUUACCACACUGGACACAAACCUGCGUAUAUUUCCACAUCAGCUGACAACAUUAGAAAUCAAAAAGCCACACUCUUAGCUGGCACUGCCAAUGUGAAAGGGUCUCGGACCUCAGUGGAGGCCUCCCCAGCUUCUGAGAAUUCAUCUGUCCCUCGGCCCUCAUCCCAGUUUGUCCGGAGGAAAAAGUCAGAGCCUGAUGAUGAGCUGCUGUUUGACUUUCUCAAUAGUUCCCAGAAGGAGCCUGCCGGGAGGGUUGAGAUCAGAAAGGAGGGCAAAGCACCCUCCCCUCUGAGUGCCCAGACAAGUAGCAGUUCUGUAAACACCAGUGGGUCUGCCAGCAAAACCAGCAGCGAAAAUUCUGGGAACCAAAGCCAUGAAGUCUCUAAUACAGAGUCUGACCAUGAAAGCCAAGAAGACUCCUCAAGGCAAAGCGAAUCACCAGAUGCCACCUGCCCUGAUCACAACCAAACACCGAAUGAUGAUGGCAAGUCACACGAAUUGUCCAACCUUCGACUGGAAAACCAGCUACUGAGGAAUGAAGUUCAGUCUUUAAAUCAAGAAAUGGCCUCUUUACUUCAAAGAUCUCAGGAAACUCAAGAAGAAUUAAACAAAGCAAGAGCCAGAGUGGAAAAAUGGAACAACGACCAUUCCAAGAGUGACCGAGUCACACGGGAACUCCGCGCCCAGGUGGAUGACCUGACCGAAACGGUGGCAGCCAAGGAUUCCCAGCUGGCCAUCCUCAAAGUGAGACUGCAAGAAGCAGACCAGCUUCUGAAGACACGCACAGAAACUCUAGAAGCCUUACAGAGUGAAAAGUCACGAAUAAUUCAAGAUCACAGCGAAGGGAGCAGCCUGCAGAAUCAAGCUCUGCAGACGCUUCAGGAGAGACUUCACGAAGCAGAUGCAGCUCUGAAGAGAGAACAGGAGAGCUAUAAACAGAUGCAGAGUGAGUUUGCUGCGCGCCUUAAUACAAUGGAAGUGGAACGUCAGAAUUUGGCAGAAUCUGUUACGCUGGCAGAAAGAAAAUACUCAGAUGAAAAGAAGAAGAUUGAAGAGCUCCAGCAGCAAAUGAAAACAUACAAGUCCAACCUAGAAUCCUCUAAGCAGGAGUUAAUUGACUACAAGCAAAAAGCUGCAAGGAUACUGCAGUCUAAGGAAAAAUUGAUCAACAGCCUAAAGGAAGGUUCUGGCUUCGAAGGCUUAGAUGGCAGUGCUACUAACAACAUGGAGCUAGAAGAGCUUCGACAUGAGAAGGAAAUGCAGAAGGAGGAAAUACAGAAGCUGAUGGGUCAAUUACACCAGCUGAGAUCAGAAUUACAGGAUAUGGAGGCUCAGCAGGUUAAUGAAGCAGAGUCUGCCAGAGAACAGUUACAAGAUCUGCAAGAACAAAUAGCUGGGCAGAAAGCAUCUAAACAAGAAUUGGAGGCAGAACUGGACCGACAGAAGCAGGAAUUUCGCUACAUAGAAGAAGACCUAUAUAGAACAAAGAACACACUGCAAAGUAGAAUCAAAGAUCGGGAGGAAGAAAUUCAAAAACUCAGGAAUCAGCUCACCAAUAAAACCUUGAGCAACAGCAGCCAGGCAGAACUGGAGAACCGCCUGCACCAGCUUACAGAGACACUUAUCCAGAAGCAGACCAUGCUGGAGAGCCUGAGCACAGAGAAGAACUCCCUGGUCUUUCAGCUGGAGCGCCUGGAACAGCAGGUGAAGGCAGCUCCUGGCAGCGGUGGCAAUGGCUCUUCCAUUAAUAUGUCAGGAGUUGACAGCGGAGAAGGCACACGCCUGCGAAAUGUGCCCGUUCUUUUUAAUGACACCGAAGGUAACCUGGCAGGAAUGUAUGGAAAGGUCCGUAAAGCUGCUAGUUCAAUUGACCAAUUCAGCAUUCGUCUGGGGAUUUUUCUUCGAAGAUACCCCAUUGCACGGGUUUUUGUCAUUAUAUACAUGGCAUUGCUUCACCUCUGGGUCAUGAUCGUUCUCUUGACUUACACACCAGAAAUGCACCAUGACCAGCCAGAUGGCAACUGACCACAGAUGUCUCAGCGAUUGGUUGGCUUUGUCCCAAAACGGGCAUCAUCACAAAGGGCCAGGGGGAGGAGCCCAAGAUGGAUCAUCACUAAGAGAUUUUUGACUCUUUAAGUUAUUACACACCUACUUGGCUACCUAAAGAAAUUUAAUUUCUUUCCAAUUGUAAGAGCUUCUGAAGCAAAUCGACUAGGAACAGGCUGUGUGUCCUGCUUGUCAUGAGGUUAGUGGUUGAGUGUAUAGGGUUGCUGACCUUGGUCAUCUGUAUAGUAUUUCAGGGAACACCAUUCUGGGUUAUGAUCAGGAAAAUGGAUUGUGGUGUUAUAAAUAAAAUGUUUUCUUUUUGAUAACUCA